GCAGUGGUUAAAUUCCUUAUUCGUUGUGGAUUUAGACCAGCGGACUUUCAGUUGAACUCUCCGUCUUCACGCUUCUUCUUUUCUGUGUGUGUGUUUUUUUUUUUUUUUUGCUUUUCGCGGUGACACUAACGCCGGUUAGCUGUUAGCUUAGCCUCUCUGACCCGGGCUUGAUGUGGAACGUGUCCGCUUCUCUCACUCAGUUUCUCCGCCUGUGGCUGUGCUCCUCCCCUGCACCUUUGUGCGGAGCUCGGCGCCUCAUCGGCAGUAUGCAGCCGGCCAUGGUGCGGUGUCUCCCCGGGGACUCCAAACUCACCAUCUCCUUCUGCCUGCACGGAAACCACAAGAACGUGCUGCGGGACCAGAAUGAGACUGUGGGCCGAGCCCUGUCUCGGAUCUCCCAGAAAGUCACCCAGAGCCAAACUAAGUCCAAGAAGUCCAAGAGGAGCCGGGCCUCGGAGCCGCAGGAGGCCCCGGAGCCCACCGAGGUGAAGCUGUUCUAUAACGGGGACGUGGUGCCGGACAGCGCGCUGAACGCGGACGCGUGGCACGACGGCUCCGUGCUCCAGAUCGGAGAGCUGAAGUACUGGGUCCAGAGAAACGCCCCGACCCUGACCACCGCGGAGCUCCCAGGGUCUCUGCUGGCCGGUUUCCCCGUCUGCCCCAAAGUACAGGUGGAGUUCGGAAACCUGGAGGACUCCGAGUUCACGUGGUACAAAGAAAACAGCAGUCCUGAAGCCGGCGUGGACGCCUCAUGUCAGGACAGCAGUUGGACAGAGAUAGGACAAGACAGAGUUUACGUCCCGUCCAAUCAGGACAUCGGUUGUAGGCUCAAACUCUACUGCACGCCCAAGCUUGGAAACCGUAGUGGCGUCACCAAGGAGAUGGUCUCUGAGGGGACGGUGGAGGCCGGACCGGGCACGUGCACCUUUGAUAACCGACACUUGUACACUGUCAAAGUGCUGGAGUGGCCGGCGGUGAGAGUGGUGUCGUACAAUAUCCUUGCUAACAUCUACGCCCAGACCGAACAGUCAAAAACAAUACUGUACCCCUACUGCCCCCACUAUGCCCUGCAGCUGGACUACAGACAGAACCUGAUAAAGAAGGAGCUCGCUGGAUACAAUGCGGACAUUGUCUGCCUGCAGGAGGUGGACAAAGGUGUCUUCCUGGAAAGUCUGGUUCCGGCUCUGGAUGCCUUCGGUCUGGAUGGCGUUUUCAGGCUCAAAGAGAAGCAGCAUGAAGGUCUGGCCACUUUCUACCGCAGGUCGAAGUUUCGCCUUCUGAGCAGCCAUGACAUCAUGCUGAGCGAGGCACUGACCUCUAACCCCAUGCACUCGAUGAUCUUGGAGAGGAUUUCAGCUAUCGAAGCGCUGAAGGACAAAAUCUUGCAGAUGUCCACGUCCCUGCAGGUCAGUGUGUUGGAGGAUGUGAAUAAACCGGGUCGGACGGUCUGUGUGGCCAACACCCACCUGUACUGGCACCCUAAAGGAGGGAAUAUUCGCCUGAUCCAGAUGGGCGUGGCUCUGCAGCACCUGAGUCAUGUGAUCAGUGAAGUUGCACCAGGUGCCCCCCUUAUCUUUUCUGGUGAUUUCAACUCCACCCCAAGCACAGGUGUGAUCCAGCUCCUCAGUGAGACCAAGGUUUCAGAACAGCAUCCGGACUGGAGCAGCUCAGGACCCGAGGAGGCCUGUAACCUGCAGCUGCUCUCCUCCUUCCCCCCCUUGCAGAGCGCCUGCAGCCAGCCGACCUACACCAACUACGUGGAAGGAUUCCAGGGCUGCCUGGACUACAUCUUCAUCCAGCCGGAACACAUGCAGGUGGAGCAGGUCAUUCCUCUGCCCAGCCACCAGGAGGUGACGACCUAUGAGGCGCUGCCCAGUGUGGCGCACCCCUCGGACCACAUCGCUCUGGUCUGUGACCUGCACUGGAACCCUGCUGACCUUUGACCCAGGACCGUGUGGCCAGAGGGUCCAGGUCAUCGGUUCCUCCCGCUGAUCCUGUGUGACUUGACAUUUCCUUCUGCUUGAUAUUCUUUGUUGUUCUUCACUCCAAGCAGCAGAACCCGACCCGGGACCUGAGUCGGACCUGAUCCGUGUUUAUCUUUGCGGCACAUCUGAUGUCGCACACGUCCGGUGUUCAUGCUGAGAAUUCUUUGUCUAAAUCUCCCACAAUGCAGCUGCAAGUUGCACUACUUAUCAUGAACUGUGGGGGUAGUAUUGCUGCAUGAGUAGAUACAAAUACUUUUAAAAAUGAUUAAAGUGGACGUUUCCCAAUUAGAUCAGCUUUUACGUGGAUGUUUGUGCUAACCUGAAACCGUUGUGAAACUUGACCUUUGAGCUGAUGAAAGUCCAAAAAAAAACAGAAGCAGCUAUCGAACUAGCCUUGUGAUGUCACAGAGGACAUCUGUCCAACAAACAGUCUGAUGUAGAUUUAGCGUAGUGCAAAUAUGUAAAUGUAACUGGGUAAGAUAGAUUGCCUGGUCACUCCAGUGACUUUUCACGCCUUGUUUGGCUAGGUGACGCGUAACUUACAUUAUUGAUUUGGGUGACGGUCGGAUUUUCUUUCUGAAUGGUUUUUGUUUUUUGGCUAACAUCAGGUUGAUUAUUUUCUUUGUGACAUCACAUUUGUGUUUAGUCUCACACUGAUGACACAAACAUCGUUACACGAUUGUUGCAACAUUUGCUGGUGUUAUCUUUGGUUCUGGAAAACAUCAAUGGAUAUUUUUCAGUUUUUUUGACAUUUAAUAAACCAUACAUCACUUAAUCAGAUGAUUU